AUGGCAAAAGUAGCUACAGAUUUCAUGAAACGCCAUAAAUGGACCUUCGAAACUCCAUCAUCCGAACUAGCUCAAUACACAGAGGAAAUUAGCAAAAGUUUAAAGGAUGAUUGCAAGGUAAGAUCCAAUGCCAAAACGCGCUUUCGGGCAUUAGGGCUUACUAAGGAACAAGUAGAAGUUCUCAUUCCUAUUCGGCCUACUGGAAAGCGUGAAGAAGGCAGGGAUACUGUUGAUAAAAUUGCCCAAGAAAUUGUGGAAAAUGAUUAUCAGUCUGAGAAAAUAAAACAAAUUUCAUAUGAUUUGGGUAGUUCCGCACCUAAUCCAGUCGCAGGAAGAUCCCGGCUUACUUUAUUGCGAAAAAAGUUACAGGAUCGUGGAGCUAAUCAUCUCAAAAAAGAAGCGACAAAAAUUCCUCAUAUUACUACAGAAGCGAAUAAAAUUCAGGCACGACGGCUUGUACUUGAUGAAGAUGAAGGUGUCGACUGGCCUGAACACUUCCUCUUAGAACCGGUUCAGGAGAGACUUGAGAAAUGUGAUUUCUCCUUAUCACCUUCUAAGGAAGAUCUGGUUGAUGUAAUGAUAAUGUUAAGCAUGCGACCGGCAGAUGUGGCAACUCUUCGUAUUGAUAAAUAUGAAGCAUCAGAUGAAAUUUGGUAUGACCCUAAAUAUUCCUGGAAUUGUACUGGCUACUCUAAAACUAAAGAAGAAACAGGAGUAGGAGAACCUCGGCCUUUCCUCUCAAUGGAAAAGGAUCCAAUACGAGCAAAGGAGUUUCUUGCCUGGAUUCAGAAAGCAAUACCAGAAAAAUUCACCUUCUUACGGAAAAACAAAAGUGGUAUAGUUAAUGUUGAUCCAAUUAAUCUUAUUCUAGCUAAACAUGGAAUUACUUCGAAUAAAUUGAGGAAGAUAGGUGCAGACCAUGCUUCCAGGAUCCAUAGAGGUAAGAAUGAUUCUCGUCACCAGCGUUUGCGAAAAUUAGCUUGCAGACAAGUAGUAGGACGAGAUGAAUCAGUCCAACAUUAUGGUAUCAUGAAUGACCCACCUUCUAGCAAUUUCAAAGGAAAUAUCCCUGUUGAGGCAUCAAUUGAUACGUCCACUGAUGUAAAUUGCAUUAGCCAAAAACAUAUUGGUGAAUUAGGAAAUGCAUAUCAUGAUGAAAAUAAUAGCAUUAAAACUCCAGAUGCAUCCUAUUCCACAUUAGGAAAGGUUGAUCUGCAUAUCAGCUUUAAUGAUAGCGAGAAGCAUAAAAGCAUAUCCACUGAAUUCAUAGUUGUUGGACCAGAUUGGCCAGAUCAUUUUCCUGAUUUAAUCUUGGAAGGUCCUUGGUUCCGAGAAAGUGGUGCAACUUUAGAUAUACGCAAUUCAAAACUAUUAUUAGACGAUAAUUUUGUGAUCCCAUUCAAAGAAGUAAAAUAUGAACCUAAUGCAGAAUAA